AUGACUACUAAUACCACAACUACCAACUUUGAUGUCAAGGAGCAGGUCCAUUCUUCUACCUUGUCUGUCGCCUCCUGCAGUACUCUAUGCACACUUCAUGAAAGUACUUCCUUUCAACCAUCGCGUAUCUUGACUGUCAAUGCGCAAGGCAUCGCGGCUUUCCGUCUUCCUUUGCCAUCUCGACAGAUGAAGAUUGUCAUCUACAAUACAGAUGGCAGCGAAGCCUAUGUCUCCACGCGCGACAAACGCUGGUCAGGCGAUGCGGUCUUGUCACACCCCAAUCGCGGCGAUAUUAUCCGCACCGAGUACUUCUUUGGUCCGAACCGUGAUCCGGUUUUGCAUAUUCUGCAGGCUGCUGAUCUCCCCUCUGUGACUGUCACCGGGAAAUGGACCUCCCGCGCCGCGCGGUUCGAGAUGCCUGGAGGCAAGUGUUUGGAAUGGGAAUAUGCCAAGGAGAAACGACCAGAUGGCCAGAAAGUGAACCUCCUUGUUCUGAACGCGAUUGCAGAAAAGGCCGACAGUCAAGAGCACAUCCGACUUGCACAGCUAGUCCGAGGCUCAGAUUCUCGGACACCGGGCACAUCACGCUGUACUGCGGGCAAUGGCGGGGAAUUGCAGAUUGAUGAGGCAGCUUUGCAGUCACUUGGAUUGGACGAGGCACUCAUUGCUGCCACUUGCUUGAUGAUGCUGAAGAAGGAAAUUGACCGACGAAGGAUGAUCCAGAUGGCAGUCAUCGGCGGGGCUGGAAGUUGA